UUGGGAGCCUACCAGAAGGACGAAGAAACCCAGUCACCGACCAGGCCAACAAGGAUGGUGAGAGUGAAACGAGUAGGGAGUGUAGUAUCGGUACAGUACCGUAGUAUCGUUCUUCCGAGUGUCAUUACCAAUUCCCUGGCGGUCACUCGGCGAUCGUCUAGUCACCCUGUGCGUCGAACCCGUCGAAAAUUCUACCUUUCGCGCGGUCGUGUUAUCAGAGAGCGCGGCGACUGGCCACCGAAGGAAGGUUCGUUCGGUGACUCGAAUCGAGCAUGUGAAUCCGCGCGGCAGACGUCGCGAUCCGAUCUGUAACGACCUGACACAAGGAAGCUCGAUAGAUUCGAUGAGAAACGUUCGUCGAAGGGAUAAACGACCGAGUCGAAGGGCCAAGCUCUCCAUGGACCACCUGGCAAGAGCACCCCAGGCACAAUGAAGAGCAUAAACUUCUACGCAGUGCAUAGGAUCGAGAAAAUCGGCACGCGACCGCCAGACAUUCUCCCACAUUGAAACCCAGAAACCUACGCGUGAUGACAUACCAUCGAAACGAAGCAUUGGGAGCUCAAGAAAUUAAUUCGAGGGCGCUAAGGAAAUUCCAAUUAGAGAAAAAUGGUGUUCAGCACCAUAGUAGUGACGUCGGCCCUGAAGGGUGCCUUGGGUCUGAUGGGUACCAGCCUAUGGCUGAUCCCUCUGCUGAUAGCAGGCCUGUCUUACUAUCGCUACGACCAACUGGACCCAGAGAGUCGACCUAUAGACAGAUACCCUCUGUACCCUGAAUACGACUUCAUAGUGAUCGGUGGAGGAUCAGCCGGGGCAGUAGUCGCUAGUAGACUCUCAGAAAUACCAGACUGGAACGUUCUACUGCUCGAGGCCGGUCCAGACGAGAACGAGGUGACCGAUGUGCCUUCGUUGGCAGCCUAUUUGCAACUGACGAAGCUGGACUGGAAGUAUAAAACCGAGCCCACGGGGAAAGCUUGUCUGGCGAUGAAGGGCGGCCGUUGCAACUGGCCACGAGGAAAGGUUCUAGGUGGCUCGAGCGUCCUCAACUACAUGCUCUACGUACGUGGGAACAGGCACGAUUACGAUUACUGGGAGUCUCUAGGUAAUCCAGGGUGGGGGUACGAUCAGGCGCUUUACUACUUCAAGAAAUCCGAGGACAACCGGAAUCCGUACUUGCAGAAGAGUCCUUAUCACUCCACGGGCGGUUACCUGACUGUCCAGGAGUCACCGUGGAGAACGCCGCUGGUGGUGGCUUUCGUUCAGGCUGGGGUGGAGAUGGGCUACGAGAACAGGGAUAUAAACGGCGAACGGCAGACAGGGUUCAUGAUAGCCCAGGGGACGAUUCGCAGGGGCAGCAGGUGCUCCACGGCGAAGGCGUUCCUGCGACCCGUCAGGCUGCGUAGAAACAUCCACACGGCAAUGAACUCGCAGGUGACCAGGAUCCUAAUCGACUCGAUAACGAUGCGAGCGACUGGCGUGGAAUUCGUCAGGGACGGUCGUCGGCAGAUCGUCAGAGCGCGAAAGGAAGUGAUACUUUCCGCUGGAGCUAUCAACAGCCCCCAAAUCCUGAUGCUCUCAGGAAUAGGUCCCAAGGAGCACCUGCGCCACGUUGGAAUCCCAGUCCUCAAGGAUCUCCGCGUCGGCGACAACCUCCAAGACCACGUGGGCAUGGGUGGCUUGACUUUUCUCGUCGACAAACCAGUGGCCAUCGUCCAGGAUCGUUUCGAAGCUGCUCCUAUGACCAUGCACUACGUGGCCAACGGAAGAGGCCCGAUGACCACCCUAGGUGGCGUCGAGGGCUACGCCUUCGUCAAUACUAAAUACGCUAAUCGAUCCAUGGACUACCCAGACAUUCAGUUCCACAUGGCUCCAGCGUCGAUAAACUCGGACGCUGGAAUCCAGGUUAGGAAGGUUCUGGGGAUCACUGACGAAGUUUACAACACCGUGUACAGGCCAAUAGCGAAUAAAGACGCCUGGACUAUAAUACCUCUUCUCCUGAGACCGAGAUCUCGCGGCACGGUCAGGCUACGAAGCUCGAAUCCCUUUCACAGUCCUCUGAUCAACGCCAAUUACUUUUCCGAUCCAUUGGACAUCGCCACCUUGGUGGAGGGUGCAAAAAUAGCGAUGCGCGUCAGCGAGGCGAAGGUUUUCAAACAAUUCGGCUCGAGGAUCCAUCGCAUCAAGCUGCCAGGGUGCAAGCAUUUGAAAUUUGCCUCGGACGCCUACUGGGAGUGCCACAUCCGACACAUCUCGAUGACGAUCUAUCAUCCCGUUGGAACGACGAAGAUGGGACCACCUAGCGAUCCCUACGCUGUCGUUGAUUCCAAAUUGAGAGUUUACGGUGUGGAGGGACUGAGGGUGAUCGACGCCGCCAUCAUGCCCACGAUUUCCAGUGGUAACACGAACGCGCCGGUUAUCAUGAUAGGGGAGAAAGGGGCUGAUAUUGUGAAAAACGAUUGGCUGGCUGCGGAGAAUGCGAGGAGUGAACGAAUUAGACGUUUUCGUGACGAAAAGUGAAAAUAGUGGAGGUUGGAUUCAUUGUUGUGGUUGAUCUUUCACUUCGGAAUUAAAUGUUUGCUAGUUGUUUAGUUGAACGGUAAUUCUUCGUUUCGAGGCCUAAUUGUUGGGUGAUUUCAUUCUCGGCUUUUUAUUUUCAAAACUGAUGUAAAAAUUGUAUAUACAGGGUGUCCCAAAAAUGUUGGAGGUCCUUGAAAAGGGUGGUUCAGGGGGUGAUUUGAAACAACUUUUUCCUUAGCGAAAUUGUUGUCCGAUGCUUCGUUGAGGAGAUAUUAACGGAAAACACUGACCAAUCAGAGCGCGCGUAUGGCGUUGGAGCGGCCGCGAUAGCGAUGGCUACGCGCUAGGUAGCCGCUCUCGUACGCGAACAAGUGACUCGACGUGCAUCGAAGGAAUUGACGCGGCCGCUUAGCUCGUAGCCUUCGCUACCACGGCCGUUCCAACGGUAUCCGCGCGCUCUGAUUGGUCAGUGUUUUCCGUUAAUAUCUCCUCAACGAAGCCUCGGACAACAAUUUCGCUAAGGAAAAAGUUGUUUCAAAUCACCCCCUGAACCACCCUUUUCAAGGACCUCCAACAUUUUUGGGACACCCUGUAUAUAAGUUUCAAUCUAACGGGAUCCUAUUAUUUUUUUCAGUAGCUGUCUGCUGAAGGAAUGCAUGGAAAUAAAUACGAAUCAAAGAUUACUUUAAAUUUUUUAAUGGUGUCUCAUAAUAAAUUAAUUUUUAGUGGUGAACAGUAUCUAAUAAUUCUUCUUGCUUGACUUCUAACCGAAGCAGAAUGAAAUGUGACGAAAGACGAAGGAUUGUUAACUUUGAAACGAGGAAAUACUGUGUGUUGUUGACAUGUAGAUCAAACAUCUGUGCGACGUGAAUGAAAUAAUGUUUGCACACCCUACAUUGUGAUAUGUUGACUGUACAUGCAUAGCGUAUAUAAAAACAGAAGUUUUGUUAACCUAAUUAUAGCGUAGUUUAGGUGACCUCAGUUGUUGAAUCGAUGACGACAUCUAUAUUCCAGUAGUUUGUUAUAAUUUAACGAAGAUUUUUUAAGAAAGAAACUAGGCAUCGAAUACUAAUGAGACGUGAAUAAAGAGUCGUGUACAAAAUAUAUAAUACGAUACUCAAUAUUUAAUUGUUAGUCACUCACUGGAAAAGUGUCUGUUGUAUAGGAAUUACACCGGCAAUGAGCUAAUUAAUGCACAUUUGUACCUAAAUAAUGGUUUCAAAAAUACCUUCUUGUUGCGAUUGAUUUUUAAUAAAGAACGGAAGGUACUUUUAACAAGGGGACAAUCAGUUAAACAAUUAACGUUAGUUCGGCUAACAAGGACCCUCAUACAAUGAUACAAAAGUUAGGUGAUGAUAUUGUGCUCACCUAAUAAAACACCCUUCAAAAUGUAAUAUAGGAAAGCCAUUUACAUUUACAGAGCCCAUCGCUAAUACGCAUUCAAAUCACAUGUAAAUCUAACUUUUGUAUCACUGUAUGACGGUUCCUUGUGACAUGGGUCUCGUCUACGUGCCAUACUUCGUUGCGUAAUUUCCACAUUGCAAACCUUAAUUAACUAUCGCACGCUGUGCUCGUUUAGGAAACGUAGGAAACGUUUGAUCCUGUUACCUCAUUGUACGCUCUUAAAAAUAAACGAUUUGCGAAAGACAAUCAAACCUUUGUCGAAUUAAAUCUGCCGGAAACAACUUAAUUUUUAGUUAAGAUAAAAGAAAGAUAUGAACGAGAUAAAAUUAUUUUAGGAGUAAACGUUACAUGAAAAAACAAAUACAAUAACUUCCCUAUAAAUCGGGAAGUUAAUAAUACGAUUUCAUUAGAUCAAAAUGUUUAUUUGGAAAACAUUUUACGUAAAUACAAUGCGAUUGAUUGUAAUAGUUUAAAUAUUCCAUUGCCUGCUAAGUUGGACUUUAAUGCUUUAAAUUAAAUAUUCAAAAUAAAAAUAGCAAAGAACUAUAGAAAAAUUUGAAGAAAGUUUUGAAAUACGCAAAAGGAUCAUUAAAACUUCGACUAGUGUAGAAACGAAAUAAUAAUGAUCAAAAUCUGCUGAAUGGCUACGUAGAUUCUGAUGGGGCAGGACAUGAAAUCGAUCGGAAAACUACAACUGGCUAUGUAUGUAUUUAAAUUGUGUGAUUACUAUACGAUUCGUGGAAUACAAAGAAACAAUAUUCACUUGCAACUUCCUCGACUGGAGCUGAAUAUACGGCAUUAUAUGAAUCAACUAAAGAAGCUCACUGGCUUAGCACGCUUUUACAGAGUAUACAAGUAAUUCUUAAGGAGCCAAUAAUUAUUUUCGAGGAUAAUAAUGGUUGCAUAACCAUUGCAAAUAAUCUAACAGACCAUAAACGAUCAAAGCAUAUGGACGUAAAAUAUCGUUUUACACGAGAAAAAGUGUAAGAAAAAUUGAUAAUACCUAAAUAUAUUUCCACAGAUAAACAAUUAGCAGACACAUUCACGAAGUCAUUGUCGAAGGUCCAAUUCUCGUACAUCCGAAGGCAGAUGGGAUUUAAAGAACAUGCAUAAAACAUUAAAACCUUAUUAAAAUUCAAAAUUCAAUGCAUUAACUCGUACCAAAUUUUUCUUUUACUUUCACUUUUCUCUCUCAUUUUUUUUUUGUACUUAAAUCCAUUGCAUCGUCCGCGGUUACGCAGAUCUGGCUGGGUUUUUUCUGGGUUUUCCCCAAUCCAUUGCAACAAAUGUUGGACCAUUUAUGAUUCACCCAUAUCGAACAAAAACAGUGUUCUCUCUUGUGCUUGUUAAUUGUGGAUCAAUUGUUGAGUGGGAGUAUAGAAACGAACAUAAACUACAUGUAUAUACAAAAAUCGAUCGCUCCAGGGUCAAUCACAUACACGUCUAUCAACAGCAUCAGUGUAAAACACUAUCGAUAAACCAGUUCGGUUCACUCCGAGUUAAGGUCUAUUAACACAUAUCCGUAACGUAUCAGUUCCGUAUCCGUACCGUAUCCGUACCGUAUCAGUAACG